CAAGGACAAGAGAUCGAGCACAUGUAUAGGGGGAGCUAGGGCAAACCCUAAGGAUAUUGCUGCGGUCAUGGAGGUGCCAGGUGAAGCUGAGCUCGGUGGCUGCCGGAGUGAAAGGCCCGGGGGACGACGUCGGCUUCACCUGGAGGAAGUACUGGUAGAAAGAGAUCCUCAGAGCCAAAUAUCCCAGGCAUUACAUGGUUGCCCGGCGAAGAAGCAAGUGCAGCGAUCGGACGAUGAUCCUUUGGCCUACGACGUCACCUACCACGAGGACCACACUGGCCUCCAGCAGCCAAGGGAGGAGGAGCUGGAGCAGGGAGAUGCAAUGCAGCGCGACCAAGAACAGAGUGCGGCGGCGUAGAAAUUUGAAGGAGAGGAGGAGUUCGUGGGGCAGAGUGAGCCGUUCUCUUGGCCCGUGGAGGGGCAACAGUUUUUCUCUGCUUUGCCGUAUCAGUUUGGAUGCUUUGAUGAAGCAUGUAGGGAGCAUUUUGCUUCCGAUGCAAUUCGACGGAGACUGGGAGAUCGACCUCUGGGCAGAGUUCAUGAAUUGAUGCAAUAGCUAGCGUGAUUAGAUUGCAGGAAUGAAUUGAUGUUGUUGAUGAUGUUGUGUAAAACACACACACAAAUACACAAAAUCAGUAAAUUGUAGUGGUGUCUGUUAUUAGAUUGUUUUUAAAACUGAGAACUGCUCAAAAUCAUUGUUUUAUAAUUGAUACUUGUCAAUCAAGAUGCAUCAUAUAUGUUAGUCUCCUAA